AUGGUCGAGCCCCCCACAGCUGACCCCGAGGCCAGCGAACGGGCCAGGCCACCUAGCAGGAAGGACCUGUGUAUUUAUGUAAUGAGAAAUCCCAGAGAUGUUAUUACUUCCAGUUAUCAUUUCUGGAAAAUAGUAAAGAUUAUCAGAGAGCCGGAAUCAUUUGAAGAAUAUUCGGAACGGUUCCUUCAAGGAAAUGUGCUGUAUUGAUCGUGGUUUGACCAUGUUCACAACUGGCUGCAGAUGAAAGGAAAAGAGAAUUUCCUGGUGAUAUCGUAUGAGGAGCUGCAACAGGACAUACAAGCUAGUGUAGAGACGCUCAGCCACUUCUUGGGCAAGAAGCUAAGCCCAGAAGAACUGAAUGCAGUCCUCAAGAAUGCAUCCUUCAAGACCAUGAGAGAUAAUAAUAGCAAUUAUUCCCAAUCACCUGAUAUCUUUAUGGAUCAAAGCAAAGGUUUCAUGAGAAAAGGAAUCAUUGGGGACUGGAAAAGUCACUUUACAGUGGCCCAGAGUGAAGCCUUUGAUAAAAUAUACCAGGAGAAGAUGGCUGGGCUCACUCAAGACCUAUUCCCAUGGGAAUAA